AUGCGGCCCGACAUUGCUAAUGUUCUGGGGCCCACAACAGAGGUGACGCUCGAACGAGUCCGGUCGCGCCUGCUUCUGCCCGAGCCUUCGUUGCUUGGAAAAAUGGCCACUUUGCUUCGGACGCUUUCGCGCGACGGAAAACGGAGCGGCCUUGAGAGAGAGCAUCAAAUGGCGGGCGAGCGCAACGACGAAAGUCUCGACCAGCCGACACCCAAGUCGGCCGAGCGCCAGCGGAAGCUGCACUUGAAAGAUCAGGACAGCGGAAGCGAGCGUCUGAGCCAGCACAAGAGCGACAACCAGAACAUUGGCGAUAACGACAACGACAAGAGCGCCAACCGCAGCAAGAGCCAGGACAAGCAGGCCAAGCAGGCCAAGCAGUACGACCAGAAGGAUCAUGCCGUGAAAGAUCUGGAUCCACUGGGCCACGUCGAAGUUACAGACCUCCACCGCCAGAUUCAGAAUCAGCAGACACUUGGACAGAGUGCGGUGGGCGACGCCGAGACGGGCAGGCGCGAACUGCGCCAUCUGCUUUCGAACGGGAGUUCGUCCCGUAUGAAUGGCGUUCUCCAUCGGACGCCUCCUGUCUCGCCAACGCGGGCCAGAGAACAACCGAGGCGCGAGCAGAGUUUGGCCCACUUUGUCGCCCGACAGUCCACGCCGGCGCCCAACGGGUCCAGCGACGCCCCAUCGAAUGGCGCCUUGAAUGCUGCAGCGAAAGGAUCCGCGCUAGGCACGCCCAUUGUCAGUGUCUCGCCUGCGCUUGGACCCACUGUGCCACUGAAUGUAUUGCAUUCGCCGCCAUCGUUUGGCACUUCAGCCAAUGUAUCGCGGUCGUCGCUCGUCCCGGAAAUACCUGUCAAAGAGACCCGCCACGUGUCACUCGAGUAUGACCCGAUCACGCGGCGUAAAGUGCUCAACACAUAUGAGAUCCUCCGCGAAAUCGGCCGAGGCGAGCACGGCAAGGUCAAAUUGGCCCGAGACUUGGUGCACGACGAGCUUGUGGCCAUUAAGAUUGUGUCACGCAAAAACAAGCACGAGCGCCCACGCCUUCGCCUGCGGCCAACAGAUACGGCUGUUUUUGAUGCCGAGGCCAAAGUGCGCCGUGAGAUUGCCAUCAUGAAACGCUGCCACCACAAGAAUAUCGUGCGCCUCCGCGAGGUGCUUGACGACCGCAGCAUGUACAAGAUUUAUCUUGUGCUCGAAUACAUGGACCGGGGCGAGUUGCGGUGGAAGCGCCGCACCCCGGUGCUCUCGCCCCAACCACGAGCGCCGCCCGACGCACCUAUCGACAUUCGUAUUCCCUGCGGCGCCGCUCGCGCGAGCGAGGACAGUGAUCUUCUUUCGAGCGAGUACUCGCCCAGCCUCACAUUCCGUCAGGCUCGCCGUAUUUUCCGUGAUGUGGUGCUUGGCUUGGAGUACCUCCACAUGCAAGGCAUUGUCCAUCGCGACAUCAAACCGGCAAACUUGCUCGUGGCCCAUGAUUAUCUGGUGAAAAUCUCCGACUUUGGCGUGUCCUUUGCGUCGUUCUUGAGCUCUGCAGACGACGGUGUGAGAGUGUCGGAGAUGGACUUGGCCAAAACCGUGGGAACUCCGGCGUUUUUUGCCCCAGAACUCUGCCAAACAAAUUUUGCGCAGCCAGAAGCUGUGCCCCACGUUACCCACAAGAUUGAUAUUUGGGCCCUAGGGGUCACGCUUUACUGCCUUUUAUUCGGCCGCGUUCCUUUCAACGCAGACUCAGAGUUCCAGUUGUUUGACGUUAUUGUCAACCAACCGGUACAAUUUCCAUCAUCUGCAGAUGGAUUCCACUCGCCGCAGGAAGUUACAGAUGUCGAGUUUGACUUGGCUCAAGACUUGCUCCGCAAUAUGCUUUGCAAAGAUAGCAAUGCCCGCUAUGAUAUUCUUCAAAUCAAGUGCCAUCCUUUUGUGUUGAUAGAUCUUGAGAAUGAUCUCGACGGCAUCAACGAGUUUUUCUUCCUCAACUCACCGGAUCUCGGCGCAACUGCUUUUGGUUCGGCAGAUCAGGAACUUGAUCCCAAUGAUCUCGAUUCCGCUGUAGUAGGCGUGGGUGCCCGUAUUAGAAGCAGCUUAAUGCGUUCGAUGCGCUCGCUGGAUCCUGACGCACUCAGACGCCUAUCAACCAAGUUAGAGCUUUCGCUCAGUGGUGCCUCUUCGAGCGACGACUCGUCCCAUUUGGGUUCUCAUAAUAACUCAUGUGCUCAACUCCACAGUGAUAAGAGCGAUUUGUCAGUCAUUUUAUCAGAAGCGCAGCAAGUGUCGUCACCCAUGCCAUCUAGACUCCACCUUGAGACUAAAGCCCGCACUAAUUCGGCUCCGCCACUGCAUCUACCACUGUAUAGCAAUUUGGGCCACACAACUCAUUUACCAACCAAUUCCGGUCUUGCCACUAUUAACCUGUCUAUUGGGCAGUCAAACAUGAACAUUCCUCUCGCCCAGCCGACAAUGAGUUCUCCACUAGCCCAGCCAGUCACCACGAGUUCCCCUCUAGCUCAGCCUACAAUCAGUUCACAUUCUUCACAACCUACGAUGAGUUCUCCUCUUGUUCAGGCAACUUUAAGCUCAACUAUCGCCCAACCUACCGGCAACUCAUCGCUUAAUCAACUGAACCUACUGAACAUUUCACAAACUCCUCACAAACUAUCCAUUAGCAGUGGGCGCAGCAAUUUAAUUUUGCUGGAAGUCUUGGAAAUAGCCAGUCCUACAGCCAGUAGAAAGGGCAGUUCAGCAGGAAUAAUGGAAGCGCCACAAAUUGAAACGAAAAGAAAUGUGGUUGGUGAUGUCUAUUUGAAAAACCAGUCUGCUAUCGAUGCUUUCAAAGAUAUUCAACAAUUGGACCAGAAACGGCGAAAAUCAAGUGCAUAUGCCAUUCUUGCUAGUAACAACAGCGCUUUGGGUUCGUCGAAUCCCCCUACACCUCGGACUCUGGGUAGCUCACCAAUGGCCACAACUAUGGACCACAGCACCCUGAGCAAGAUAAAGGUCGGUCCUAUUAGCAUCAAUAACUCGCGUCGUCCUUCGUCAGUCAUUUCUCUUCCAAUGACAGAAAGUUUUGCAUCUUUGGAUAGUUUCAACGACACAUAUCUUACACACAAAUAUGAGGAACUUCGCAAGAAGAAACUAACACAUGAUGCGACAGUUCCAGCAUCCAAUGACGGUUUCAAACAAAGGGCCAAUGACAAGUUUGAUCAAAUUAAUGAGAAGUUUAGCAAUUUCAAUUUGGGUUCUCUGAUGACCGCUAGACAUGGUUCCAGGGAUGCAAGUGCAGAGGAACAUAUUGCGCCUACAUCAACCACAUUCGAUUUUGGAAACUCUAAUGAUGAUGCAUCAGAGUCUUUGUCUUCCUCAUUAAGCUCUUCCUGCUCCUCUGGUAGUAGCAGUGAAAGUGACGGGGAAGAGGGCAAUCUCACUUUGAAGUUCACCUCAAAAGUAGCUCCUAGAACAAGAGCUCCAUUCCUUACUAUGGACAGCAGAGCAUUUUCGCAUGACUCAAAUCUUAAACGCUUGGUCCAUCAACCCCCAAGUUCAAAUUACUAUCCUGUCAUUUUCAACACUAAUUCUCUUGAUGUCGAAGAUGUUCCAGUAGGCUUAAUGAGUGGAUCACCUAGCCCUACAAGUUCUAGAUUUGAAGCUACAGAUAUGACUCCCACUGCUUCUGCUCUUACGUCUACUUUAUCUUCAGCCACUAUUACCCAGGAAACUGGAAAGCAAAAACUUUCCAUAAAACCUCCUAUGAAGAGUUCUGGACUAAGGAAGGAGAUUUUUCCUAGCUCGCCACUGGAUCUGCUUCCUACAGAUAACCAAGAUGGACCAAAGUCAGCAAUUGCAACAAAGUUUGCUCCUAAAAGUGAAAUGAGUUCUGCCACCAUUCAUAACGGCUACUACAGCAAUCACUACAGGAAAGAACCCCAACAGAUGGAAUUUCCACAGUCAAAGCAUUUAGAUAAUGACAGGGAGAGCAAUCAUAAGCAAGUACAGAAACAGAAGUUGCUUCUGAGACCAAGCUUUAACCGCUCAAAUUCUAUUGCCAUCGGAUUAUUGCAACACCAAAGGUCGCUGAAAGAUGUACAAUAA